GCCGGGUGGGAGGAGGGGUAAUUCACAUGGCGGCUGCAGUGUAGACGGGCGUGAUCAGGCCUGGGACUGGAAUGGCAGGCUCGGUUCUCGCCUCCGAGCUUCACCGUCCGCUGAGCGCACCCGCAGCCAUGGCCGCCUCCUCCGCGCAGCCCACAGUCCUGGUCAUGACCGCUCUGGCGCUGCUCUUGCUGCUGUGCCUGGGCCCAGGUGGCACAAAUGGAAACAAACUCAAGCUGAUGCUUCAGAAACGCAAAGCUCCUGCUCCAUCUGAGACCCCGGUGGCUGUCCGCGAGAGCAAGGCCAAGGAGUUCCUAAGCAGCCUGCGGCGCCAGAAGCGUCAGCUGUGGGACCGCACGCGCCCGGAGGUGCAGCAGUGGUAUCAGCACUUCCUGUACCUGGGCUUCGACGAAGCGAAAUUCGAGGAUGACAUCACCUACUGGCUCAAUAGAGACCGCAAUGGGGACGAUGACUACGAUCACUACCAGCGGCACUAUGACGAGGAUGCGGCCAUCGGUCCCCGGAGCCCCCACAGCUUCAGGUAUGGGGCCAGCGUCAACUACGACGACUACUGACCAGCACGUGAGCCCCGCACAACGCCUGGGGCCCUGUCUGCUGUGCCUCGUCUCAGCUGGCCUUCCCUCCCCACAAUCUGCGGCCAGAAUGGAAGCAUUCAAAGAAUAUACCUGCCUUCAGAGAGUUCAUGCAAGUACCCAACCACGCAUGUCACUGAAAAGUAGAAAUAAAAGCAUUUUGUUAAAAAGUC